AUGUCAACCCGGAGCAGCUUAGCCACCGGCGACAGCCUGACGCCACCCAACUACAUCACCAGCCCCUCCGGCGACUUUGCCUUUGGUUUCCGCGCCCUCGACGACAACUCCAACUCCUCCUUCAUCCUAGCGAUAUGGCUUCGCUUUGAUGCUGGCAGUGGCAGGGUCGUGUGCCAAAGCUACGGCUCCCUUCUCGUGCUACGGGAGACCGGCAACCUCCAAUUCCUCGGCGAAGAUGGCAAGACCGUCGUCUGGGAGAGCUUUGCACACCCCACGGACACACUACUCCCCGGGCAGCUCAUGGCCCCUGGAACGCUCCUUCGGUCUAGGGCCUCAGACAACAGCUUCUCAACUGGCCGCUUCAUUUUCGUCGUGCAGAAGGAUGGGAACAUCGUCAUGUACAGGACGGACCUGCCAGUUAGUAGCGACCCCACCAACGCCUACUGGAGCAGCGGCACUUGUUGUGUGGACAAUGGCAACACGACUCUCUUCUUUGACGCCGACCUCGUCGGCCACCUCUACUACCGGCUCACCGACGGCACCAGCCGGAACCUGACAGCCCCUCAGCCCGUUCCUUCCUCCGGCAGUAGUAGCUUCUUCUACCAGCGCGCCACGCUCGACCCGGACGGCAUCCUUCGUGUCUACAUCCUCCCCAACAACACCGCCGCCACAUGGUCUGUCGUGAACCAGCCGGUACCGAGCGACGGCUGCCAGGUGGUGACCAAAGGUCGGCGUGGCAUGUGUGGACCAAACUCCUACUGUGUGUACGACGCCGACAACCGGCUCGACUGCGAGUGCCUAGGUGGCUACACCUUCUUGCACACGCAGUCUAGGUACGACGGCUGUGCUCCAGCAUUUCUUCAGGAUACCUGCGACGACGACGGGAAGAGCGGCCAUUCUUCCGAGUUCAAGCUCAUGGAGUUGCCCAACACAUUUUGGGCAAACCCGAUAUUCUACGAGCAGCACAAGUCCAUCACAGCGGAGCAAUGCCAAGAUCUGUGCUUGCAAAACUGCCUCUGUGCAGCUGCCUUGUUCGACGCAAGUACCAAUAGCUGCUUCGAGGCCGCUAUGCUCACAACCGGGUGGCAACAAAAUGGCACGGGCAUGAGGACACUGGUGAAGGUGCGGACCAAAGGAAUCCCUCCUGUGAUCUUGCCUUACGCAGUGAUUGCUGGACUGGGCAUGUUAUUGCUGUCCACUGCUUCCAUCCUCCUAGUGCAUUGCUACAUCACUAACAAGAAGGCGAGGAACAGGAAGCAUCUGUGCGCGACGGUCUUCACUCGCAAAGAGCUCCGGCGAGCGACCAACGGCUUCAGCAAGCUACUUGGCCAGGGGGGCUUUGGCAAGGUCUACCAUGGCAUCAUCAAGUCCCUAGAACCACACGAUGUCGCCGUCAAGGAGCUCAGGAGCGCGGACGAGUACCAGGAGACGGAGUUCGAGAACGAGGUGCAGUCCAUCGGCAGGAUCCACCACAGGAACCUGGUCCGGAUGGUCGGGUACUGCAAGGAAGGCGUGCACCGGAUGCUCGUCUUCGAGUUCAUGCCAGGAGGCUCCCUCGGCGACGUCCUCUUCAAGCCCUCCGACAAGCCGUCCUGGAGCUGGCGCGCUGAGGCUGCGAUGGCCAUCGCCAGGGGGUUGGAGUACCUGCACUACGGCUGCAGCUCCCAGAUCGUCCACUGCGACAUCAAGCCCGACAACAUCCUGCUUGAUGACAAGCGAAUCCCCAAGAUAACGGACUUUGGGAUCGCCAGGCUCGUCGACGGGGACAAGCUGAAGAAGACCAUCACCCAUGUCCGAGGCACGCUCGGGUACAUUGCGCCUGAGUGGUUCAGCAGUGAGAGGAAGGUGGACAGCAAGGUGGACGUGUUCAGCUUCGGCGUUGUUCUUCUCGAGUUGAUCUGCUGCAGGAAGUACCCACCACCACCGGCACUGGCAGACAAUUUCGGCCACGAUAGGCCGCGAUGCAGCGACGCCGACGCCGAUGACUCAGAGGACAUAGGCAUGCCUGUGACACUGAGAGCAUGGGUGUCGGACCUGGUUAGGGAAGAAGGCCACAUUGGGCGUGCUGUGCAGGGAGACGAGGACGCGCUGCAGGACCUGGACAGGGUGGAGAGGUUUGCGCGCAUUGCGAUCUGGUGCUUGCAAGGGGAUCCAUCGAUGAGGCCAACGAUGAGAAGCGUGGUGUGGAUGAUGGAGGGCACCAUGGAAGUGGAUCCUCUACCUGCUGAUGACCCUCCGGCUCCAAGGGUUCAUGACUUCCCUGCAGCGGCGGCUAGUAGUACUGGGACUCAUGAUAACUCCAACUCCGGUAGUAUAUAUGAUUUUGAUUGA